AUGUAUACUCGUCAAUCUACUAAUCAAUUGCCUUUAGAUCUGUUUCCUGGAGGCGAUGAAUUGGCUAUUAACGCUACACAUUUCACUAAUGAAAUAUUGAUUCAAUUGAGAUUUAAUGGUGAAUUGGAUACUACUUAUGAGGUAUCACAGAAAGGUUUGAACACUAACAGCGUUAUUCAAAGACCAAUAGCUAGUCCAUCAUUCUUGAACAAUGAAGAUGAUGAAGAUACAAUCACCGAUUACCUAUCGGAUUAUCAAGUUAUUACAAAAUUGGGUAAUAGCAACAACAUGAAACUACCUGUAAUUUGCACUCAGAUUGCUGAAUUAUACAAUAAAGUUAUAUUAUCAAAUCAAAAUGAUAUUUCAAAUAAAAAUUUAUUAAUAACUCUUUCAAGUAAAUUAUGGAAGGAUAAUGAUAACGACAACAACAACAACAAUAAUAAUGAUUUUGAUAAAUUAAUAUUUGUUCUUAAAUGUAUAAAAGAUAUGUACAAUUAA